AUGGUCGCCCGCCGUGGCUUCCACUCUACCCGCACGCAGCUGUCAUCACCUCAUCAUUACCCCGAGGGACCACGAUCCAGCAUUCCCUUCAACCCGUUGACGAAGUGGUUUGCUCUGAGAUACUGGGGAUUCAUGACUGUUGGAUUCUCCCUUCCUUUCGGUAUCGCAGUCUGGCAGACGAAGAAGAACCAGGGAUAG